AUCUCGCAAUUCAGAAUCGUCCAUGUUCGGCAAAGAUUCUGACGAUGCUGAGAUCUACUACAGCACCACGAGCGAACAGCUGAGAGAACUGGAAAGAACGUCCAGCAUUGGUACCACUUCUGAGUCCGGAAGGAACUCUGCGACGUCAACACAGGAACUUUACAUUUCGGCCAAUGACGUACGUGCGAAUAAGCGAAAGAACCCAAGCAAAAGAGUGCGCAUAAACUCCACGCCUGACUUCCUGGAGGAGCAUGGCGCAGAGUACACGUCCGCCUUCCAGGUACGCGAGCAGAAACGCCAGUCUAAAAAGCUUCAGUCUGAGGCUGAGGGAGGAGCUAAAUCUGACAACCCCGGAAACUGUGACGAAGAGGGCGACAAGAACGCCAGUGAAGCUGAAGGCUACGCCCGCCUGGGUCAGGAUUCCUCCAUAUUGGAGCACGUGAUCAUGGCAAGCUACGACCAGUUGGCACCCCAGACGGAGGGGCAAGACGAUUACAGCUCAGUCCCAGACGGCGGUGGUUCACGUCCAGACAGCCUAAGGAGCCUGGUCGAGAGCGAGAGCCCGUCUGCUCCGGCUUCUUCAGGACUCGUUAAUCAGGCGUUUGAACACACUGAUGGGAAAGGGCGAGAUGAGGACUCUGCUGUUGUGAUGCGGUUAGCAGCCAAUCAAACAGCGGAUGACAAGGGACUAUACUUCGAACUGGAGAAACAUCGAAGUUCACGAAUGUCUUCGGAUUACAGCGAUCAUGACACCAGAUACUCAACGGCCGCCGAAACCAAAGUAGACCUGAAUCUUCCCCCGAAAGCAAAAGGCAAACGUUCGGUGACUAGUGAGGAGAUCUCAUAUGAACCGAUCUACAAUGACGCAAAGAGCGAGGUAUCGGCCUCUCGUAUUAGCGCUCCGGUGACGAUGAAGAGUAGGGGCGAGGAUGAGAAAGCUGACCCCCACAGACUGUCAGCGCCCUCAGUCGUUGGAACGACCAAGGCUUCUCCACCAGUGGCAGCUCCCAGGAGGAAGGCCAGCAACUCUGUGAGGGCCUCCAAUGACUGCUUCCAGUACGACCUGGCUAAGCCAAUACCCUGAGGUGCUGGGUGCUUCGUGAUGUCACAUCACAACUACCAUCGCGCGCAGAAGAUUCGAAUUUGAUUCCCAUUCCCGAGUAGAGAAACAUAUUUUUUUAUCGUGUUUCUCAAUUUUGCAGCAGGGAUGCUGUAUCUCUCUCAGCCCAGAUUGAUCCUGACAGGCAGGGUCGAAAGGCCGUCUCCUAAAUUAUCUAAAUUAGAACUGUCUGAUUGAAGCAGGAUGUCCAUAAGGGACUACAACGUUGUGUGUUCUUGUCAACACACAGUUUUCACUUUAUGGCGAGUUGGU